UGAAAGGAGAAAUGGAGCAGAACGAGCUGGACCAAGAAACCUUCUCCUGUUCAAUCUGUCUGGAUCUACUGAAGGAUCCGGUGACUAUUCCCUGUGGACACAGCUACUGCAUGAAAUGUAUUAAAGCACACUGGGAUGGAGAGGAUCAGAGAGGAAUCCACAGCUGCCCUCAGUGCAGGGAGACCUUCUCACCGAGGCCUGCUCUGAAGAAAAACACCAUGUUAGCAGCUUUAGUGGAGCAGCUGAAGAAGACUGGACUCCAAGCUGCUCCUGCUCAUCACUGCUAUGCUGGACCUGAAGAUGUGGCCUGUGAUGUCUGCACUGGAAGAAAACUGAAAGCCAUCAAGUCCUGUUUAGUCUGUCUGGCCUCCUACUGUGAGAAACACCUUCAGCCUCAUUAUGAUUCAGCUCCAUUAAAGAAACACAAGCUGGUGGAGCCCUCCAAGAACCUCCAGGAGAACAUCUGCUCUCGUCAUGAUGAGGUGAUGAAGAUGUUCUGUCGUACUGAUCAGAAGUGCAUCUGUUAUCUCUGCCCUGAGGAUGAGCAUAAAGGCCACGACACAGUCUCAGCUGCAGCAGAAAGGACGGAGCGGCAGAGAGAGCUCCAGGUGAGACGGGAAAACAUCCAGAAGAGAAUCCAGGACAGAGAGAAAGAUGUGAAGCUGCUUAAGAAGAAGAUGGAGGCCAUCAACCGCUCUGCUGUUAAAACAGUGGAGGACAGUGAGAAGGUCUUCACUGAGCUGAUCUGUCUCAUCCAGAAAAGAAGAUCUGAUGUGAAGCAGCAGAUCAGAUCCCAGCAGGAAACUGAAGGGAGUCGAGUCAAAGAGCUUCAGGAGAAGCUGGAGCAGGAGAUCACUGAGCUGAAGAAGAAAGACGCUGAGCUGAAGCAGCUCUCAGACACAGAGGAUCACAACCAGUUUCUCCACAACUACCCCUCACUGUCAGCACUCAGUGAGUCUACACACUCAUCCAGCAUCAAGAUCUGUCCUCCGAGCUACUUUAAGGAUGUGACAGCAGCUGUGUCAGAGCUCAGAGAUAUACUACAGGACAUCCUGAGAGACGCAUGGACAAACACCUCACUGAGAGUCACUGAGGUGGAUGUUUCAUUGUCAGAACUAGAACCAAAGAGCAGAGCUGGAUUCUUGAAAUAUUCGUGUGAAAUCACACUGGAUCCAGACACAUCACACAAGAAACUGUUACUAUCAGAGGGGAACAGGAAGGUGAUAUUGAUGAAUGAACCUCAGUCUUAUUAUAGACAUCCAGACAGAUUCACUGAUUGGCCUCAGGUUCUGAGUAGAGAGAGUCUGACUGGACGUUGUUACUGGGAGGUGGAGCGGAGAGGAACAGUUUAUGCAGCAGUUGCAUACAAGAAUAUCAGCAGAGCAGGAACUGAGUAUGAAUGUGGAUUUGGAUGGAAUGACAAAUCUUGGGCAUUAAUUUGUUACCAAAACAGUUAUGAAUUUGUUUAUAACAGCAUUCGGACCUCCAUCUCAGGUCCAGUUUCCUCCAGAGUAGGAGUGUACCUGGAUCACAGAGCAGGUAUUCUGUCCUUCUACAGCGUCUCUAAAACCAUGACUCUUCUCCACAGAGUCCAGACCACGUUCACUCAGCCGCUACACGCUGGGGCUCGGGUUGGUCUUAGAGGUUCUGCUGAGUUCUGUAAACCCAAAUAGACAGAAUCCACUGAAUGUUCAGUGAGUUUGGUUCUAAUUUUUAAUUCUCCAGCAGAUUUAUUUCGUUAAUUGUUGUUGAUUUAUGUCUAAACUGCACAGAAACCAAUAGUCAGAGAUUGUCAGAACUUUUUUUCUUCAUAUCUGAUGUUCUGCUUGUGUUGAAUUUGUUAAUUUCUCAACAUUUAUUGUCUAAAACAGCUAAUCAGCAACAGAAUAUUUGCUUUUCCCCUCCUUGUUGCUUCCAGCAGCAAAACUGUGAAGUUAGUAUUAAAAUGUCAAAUGUUUAUGGUUAAGAAAGUGGAACAACUUCUUUGAUCGGGUUCUGGUUCGGAUGCAGGUAUCAAUGAAUCUAUUGAUUAUAUUUUCAUUUAUUUCUAAUGUGGGUUUUUGUCAACACUGCUUGAAUGUUUUCAAUUUAAAGUCUGGAUCUCUGUUUUUCAGUUUAAUGUGAUUUUACUGCAACUGUGAUGCCCACUAGUGUGUGCCCACAACAGGAAAAAAAAAAAGCAUGCAUUUCUUUAAAUGUUUAUGGGGUUAUGAUCAGUGUUGUACAGCAACAAAGUAAAAAUACUUCACUACUGUACUUAAGUAUAUUUUGGAGUAGCCUACUUUAUACUCUUCUCGAGUAUACAUUUACCCAUUACUUUUACUUCACUAUAUCUCUUUUAUAAC